AUGUCUGUACAACGGGUCUUUGCGCCAUUAGCGUCAUCGUCGCCAUCGAGCUUGGUCUUCAGAUUCGCCUCCCCAACAUCGUCCUCGCUGCGGCCAUGCCAACAUGUCCUGCGAUUGUUCUCUUCAGCACACUCUGCGCAAACGUCGUCCAAACGGAAAAUGCAAACUAGCACUGCGUACCAACCAUAUUCCCUAGACAGUCAACCUCCGCCGCCACUGCAACCUCGAAACACGGGCAUUCCUGACACCUCGAUUUCCGGCGGCACGCCAGAGGUUAAUAACACCCGACCACCGAAGCAGACUGGGCAGUAUGAGAUGCCAGUUGGGGAGCCAGCAAAAGAGACUACCAGCAUCAGUUUGACGGAGCAAGAAGCACAAAAGUCGAAGCCUACCACCGCGCCGAGAUCGAAACCGAGACCAAAGCUACGAGCACGCAAAGCUCCUAUAAAACUCACGUCCGGUGCAGUAAAGCAACUGCAGGAUUUGCUCAACCAGCCCAAUCCAAAGCUUAUUAAAGUGGGAGUCCGGAAUCGCGGGUGUAGUGGUUUGUCAUACCACCUAGAAUAUGUUGACAAGCCGGGAAUGUUCGAUGAACAAGUUGAACAAGACGGUGUAAAGGUGCUUGUUGAUAGCAAAGCACUGUUUAGUAUUAUUGGUAGUGAGAUGGAUUGGGUGGAGGACAAGCUCAGCCAGAGAUUUGUGUUUUCAAAUCCCAACACAAAGGAACAAUGCGGUUGCGGCGAAUCAUUCAUGGUCUAA